AUGUUGAGUGCUCAUCGAUCCCGGGAAUUUAACAGCGAGCCGCAAGGCUACGGUGAGGUUGACUGGGUUGACUCACUGAGGCUCUGUUUGAGAACUGCAUGGGGCUGGGGUAUUGCAGCCUCGUUCAUUGCCUUCCUAGUGACUGAAUUGCAAUCCCUUGCUAGCGAGUCCAGGAGAAAGCAUCCAGAAAUACGCGAGUCAGAUGAUAUUCUCCGUCCAGUCUUCAUGGGGUGUGCGACCAAAAACGCGAAAGUAGUUGCCAUCUCGUUGGGGUCGCUGCAGCGCUUGAUAGCCCUCAAGGCUGUACCGCAGUCUGUUGUCCCACUCAUGGUAAGCACGAUGAACGAUGCCAUGAGCCAAGGCGUGGACAUUCAACUUCGAAUCCUGCAAACCUUAGUCUCUUUGAUCACUAAUUUUUCUUCGAUACACGAAGAGCUCCUGGGAGAGGCAUUGCUUCUCUGUUUUAAGCUGCAGGAUUCUAGGAUCGCGGUAGUCUUUUCAACAGCAGCAGCCACCCUGCGCCAACUGGUCAUGUUUAUCCUUGAAAAAAUGGUCAACGAGGAUCGUCAAGAGAACGACGACACUCUGGAGCUGUCUGAGGCGGCCCUUCCGAACGGUAGCACCAAAGCGCUAGAGCCUUGUGCCAAGGAUGCAUUCUCUGUCUUCAAAGAUCUCUGUCUCCUCGCAAAUUCAGAGAGACCCAAUUUCUUGAAGCUCGAUUACUUACAUAAGACCUUCGCCUUGGAGUUAAUUGAGAGCGUACUGACGAACUACCACGAGCUGUUCAGGAAGCACGCGGAGCUUUUGAUGUUGCUGCAGCACCAUCUCUGUCCACUCAUUCUGAAAUCUCUCUCCGACAGACAUGCCUUUCCGUUGAUACUGAGAUGCACACGAGUUGUGUUCUUGAUCUUGAAGCAGUUCUCAUUCGAGCUAGAGACGGAAGCUGAAGUAUUCCUGAUGCCUCUCAUAAGAAUGAUCUCAGAAGAUUCUGACUCGUCGAAUCCGGACCAUUCUGGCUCACGACCAAUAUGGACAAGGGUCCUUGCGAUGGAGAUAAUGAGAGGCGAUGCUGAGCUUGUCCGAAACAUACGGGAUCACUACGAUGCACAGCAGCCAGGCUCCAAGGUCUUCAGCUCUAUGAUAGUCGCAUUGAAACGCCUUGUGACCGAGAAGCCUGCUCUACUUGGAGUAAGCGCGCAGAUGAUGGGGGUCGGAAUUUCUCAUACGGGUGAUGGUGCUGCACCAUCGGGAUCCAAUUAUGGUUUGGAUGUCGGUGGGGUUGCUGGAAUGGUCGCCACGGCUGCAAGUGCUACCGUGUCAGGAGUAGUCGGGAUAAUUGGGUCUGGUAUUGGUCUAAGCGUGCAGAACUCAGCCAUGAAGCUCCAAUGCAUCGAUCAAUUAGACAAAGCCGACUCGCCACCAAUCCCCGAAGCAUACAUUUACCUUCUCGCUGUGCAGUGUAUUGUCUCCCUAUGCGAAGGCUUCGCGUCGUUCACUGGACCACUGUACACGUCCAUCAUGGUUCAACGCUCUCGAGCGGCUGGAGAGCCUGUCAUUCGCGCACCCGCUGCUCUUGACCUCUCCACACUCCCGCAGGACGAUCAUGCAACCGAGCACUUCAUCGUCGUGCGUUCUAUGGUUGAGAACGGCUGGCCUGCGCUUCUCGCUGCCCUCUCCUCCAUUAUCUCAACAAAUCUGUCAGACGAGCUCUUCAUAGACGUUCUUAGCAGCUAUCAAGCUCUGACGAACGUUGCUGGGAUGCUCGCCCUGAGUACUCCUCGCGACGCAUUGUUCAACUCACUUUCCAAAUUUGCAAUACCUUUGCGAGUAGCGUCCAGCUUGGAAUCCUACGUUGAACCUCCGACACCACGAACGUCAAUUUCCUUCAUGGAUAAAUUGGGGUUGACAGCACCUAUCCAGGCUCCGGGACUAUCCGAGCGAAAUCUAGCAUGUCUCAAAGCGUUGGUAUCCAGUGCCCUUUUCCUUGCCGGCAGCCUGGGAGAGAGCUGGUAUGGCAUUCUGGAAGCUUUACAGAACGCGGACUACGUCUUGAACGUCAAAGCGUCGCAAGCAUCUACCAACCGGCGGAUGAGCACACCCGUGACACCCAGUCGAUCGGUGUCAGCGAUGAGCUCUGCUGAACAGGGGAAAGUGGCUCAUCACCCCCUCCUCAUGGAUAUCGAUUCAGAGAGCGUGCUUGCUGCCGUGCAGCGCCUCUUCGAUGCGUCCAAAAACCUGGAGGAUUCAGCUUUUCAGGACUUUGUCACCGCGCUCUGCAAACUUAGCUCAGAGAUGGUCGGGAUACAAUCUGAUGGGAGCACGCUGACUGAGUCAGACGAUUCCUUGAGUCCUGUACCCAUUUCUCCCCAUAGAAGGCGGGUCAGCGGAAUUCAUCUGCCGCGCACGCUGCGCCAGGGUGAUUUUGGUGUCGAGCGACUGGGUUCUGUAGCGAUGCUAAACCUCCAUCGCCUCAUCUAUCGUGCACCCGAAGUCGCAUGGAACACUACUACAAAUCAUCUUCUGUGGAUCAUGGGUCUCUCCUCGGCACCGCAGUUGAUACGAGUGCAGGCGGCGCGCGUCCUCCAUGAAGUUCUUACCGUGGUCCCGCGUAACUUGUCAUCCACUGGAGACCUGCAGGCCAAAGUUCAGCGUCGCGUUCUCGACGUUCUAUCUAAACAAAUAAUGCUAGGGAGCAUCUGUAAACCUGCAGCUCUCUCCAGAUCUCAGUCGGUUGAUUCCAUCAGCAUGCUAUCGCUUCAAGAGAUGCCUCAUCAAAAGCCACUGCCUCUGGGGUAUGUUAGCGACCGCGGCUACACAGCACUGGUGAAGAUCGCCUUCCAGUCCCUCAAACUUGUCUGUGACUCCGUGUCUGUUUUUUCCCCUGAAGACUUGCGGCUUUGCAUCAAAACCCUUGGACGGUUCGGUCGACAAGCCGACACGAACAUUGCGCUCACUGCCGCAGAAAGCCUUCUCUGGAGCGUGUCGGAUUCGAUCCAGGCAAAGCGGAAGGAUACAGAGAUGGAACCGGAAUAUAGCGCUCUGUGGAUGUGUCUGCUGCUAGAAGUUCUAGGUCUUUGUGCUGACGCCAGGCACGACGUUCGUGUAGGCGCCAUCCAGACCCUUUUCCGUGCAAUGCAACUUUACGGCGCCACGCUUAUGCUGGAUACGUGGAAUGACUACAUAUGGAAGAUCACAUUCCCGCUACUCGAUACAAUAUCUAUUGAAACCCGGCGCAGUGCCUUUGAGCCCGGAGCUCUGCUGGAUUCUGGUCGGGCGGCGCAGUCUCCCGAGCAUGCAUGGGACGAAUCGGAGAGUCUCGCAUUGCAGUCGAUUGGAUCUAUUAUCAGUGAUUUCCUAGUCGCCAAGAUAAUGCAUCUGGAAUCCUUCUCAAAAGCAUGGUCCGUGUUUGUUACCCACGUUCACGAUACCGUAUCCUUGGACCGUCGAAACUUGAGUCCACCCGCACUACUUUGUUUGGGGAAAGUCGUGAAAGCGCUUUCUGGCGCAGAUGUCUCCCUGCAAGCCAAAGUUGACAUAGGAAGCAUGCUCUCUCCGAGUACGAAUACAACACAGCACCACCGUGCAUUUACUCAGGAGAGUUUGGUUGCUCUUGUCGACACGAAGAAGGAAUGGCCGCUUCAGCGCCUCAAUCGUCUGAUGGACAUCCUCAAGGGUGUUCUGACCUAUCCUGACUCGACGGACUGCCGCCCGGAUGUUGAUGGUUUGUCACCCGUUCAGGUAGUGGUCUUGGACGCCAUCGCGGAUAUUAACUUAACGGGAUCUGGUAACCCAUCUCUCACCUUACGAGAUCUCUCGGAAUUCAGCACACUUCCGUUUCUGGCUGCUUUUCAUGUGCCCAUCUUGUCUCCCGCCUCUCCGGCAACGCCUAUUGCGGCAUCGUCUCAAAAACAAGCCACGUACAUUGCGUUGUCCAAGAAGGUCACACCGCUUAUCGUUGAGUUAUACAUGCGCUUCAAGGACGAGCUCGAGAUCUAUGAAGAUGGGACUUUGGAAGCUAUCUUCUCGGCUUAUUCAAUACCGAUAAAGCUAAAGUACGAGUGUCCUGCUCCAUCAAAGUUUGGCAAAGAUCCUCCUCUGUGGAAGACUGCUACAACAAGUUUCCUCCGUAUAGUCACUGACUCGGUCAGAAGGAUGGCAACAUUCGGCGAUCGUAUAUCCGAUACACGAAUUGAAGGCAUAUGGCGACAAAUCAUUGAGGUCUUUCGGGGUGGCAUUUUGGCUGAUUGCACUGCGAUAGAGAGUUUCUCACUCGAAGAUCAGGAAGCGGAGGAAAACUUCGAUCUCUCAUUGGAGAUUGAUCUCGUGCCACAUUUGGGAGACACAAGAGCCCCUGAUCACCUCAUCGCACAGUUCGCCAAGAUCUUGCACAAGGGCAGCCAGUUGUACGAGUCAAGUAUGGAUCCCUUACACCCUGAUUCGCCCUCAACAGAUACUGCGAAUGUGUCAGACGACUCUCGGGACUCGCACGACUUUGAAAAGGUGGACCUUGACGUCGGAACAACUGCCUCUGGGGUCCUGGUUUCGAGGGAGCGAUUUUUGUUUUGGUGUUUUGAUCUUUUGUUCUUGAUAUGCUCUAACGUUACAAGCGAUCAAGAGUCUUCAAGGAAACGAGUUGCUGCCCUUUGUCUACCGACCUUACUUGAUCGAUGCAAAACUACUAUGGUGAGCUACGUUGCUGACGAGGCUCUUCGCGGAAAUAUGCCUUUCCCGAGGGCUCGUGAAGACGAACUGUUGUAUGUACUCCGCAAGGUCCUGGAUUUAUGGCUUUGGUCAGGAACCCUGUGGGCCGCACUGUCAGAGUCGCCAUCGAAGUUUAGUGAUUCUCAACCCGUCGCUCAUAUCUUCUAUUUUUAUUCGGUGUUGUGUGAAAUCGCUUCUAUCCCUCGGAAGAUGCCAUCGACAUGGGUGAUUAUGAAUUCCUCGCUUUCCGAGACCAACCAGGAGAGAAGAGGCAAUGUUCUACGGCAUCAUAUCGGUGCUCUGGAAGAAGGUGGGGAUGCAAUGGAGAUAGAUGCGAGAACACUUGCGAGGAAGGCGUUGCAGAUUCUCGGGAAGGAGAUGGGCACGAUUUAG